AUGACCGAGAAAAGCGCGCAUACGGCCACCGGCCCCGACCAACCACCGAGCAAUGGGACGACAGAGCAAUUAAAACUCAAUAUGUCUGAAGGAGAAAGAAUAAGGCGGGAAUCCAGCGCAAGAGACAGCGUCCAAACCUCCCCGGUGUCCAAGCCUGAGAACGGCGCUGCGGCGGCUUCCUCCAGUCCGAAGAAGCGUCGCAAAGUUAAUCACGCAUGCGUCUACUGUCGACGAUCGCAUAUGACUUGCGACUCGGUACGACCUUUCUGA